UUCUCUUGUUUUACCUCUAGACUUAUGAUACCAAGAGAGUUGCCACGGGUCGCAGCUGGGACUGUUUUGAACAGCUAUUAGACAAUCCCCCAGAAAUGUUCAUGGAUGCUUCGCAGCUUCUCCUCAAGUUUGCAUCUAACAUCAUUAACAAUCCUGACAACCCCAAGUACCGAACAAUAAGAGUUGGCAACAAGAUCUUCCAGUCACGCCUUUUACCAGUGAAUGGAGCUGUUGAAUGUCUCUUUACGAUGGGAUUCCAAGAGAGAGGUGAUCAGCUGGUUUGCCCUCCAGGAGAAUCUUUAGAGAACAUGUUGAUUCUUCAGGACACGAUAAAUGAUGAGCGAAGCCGCCGCAGUUCUGCCGCAGCAGGAACUGGGCCAGCACCUGCAUCAGGUCCCACACCAACUCCGACUGCCUCACAGAAUAACCAUGAACCUCAGGACCAAUUCGCAGGAUGCUCACAACCUUCUAUUAUUCCCAAUCCAGCUUCAACUUCAUCGGAAAAAGAGAGAGAUUUUCUUCUGAGACUUCGAAGUUCGUUACAACAUGUCCUCCUUUACGAAGAUCCAGACUUACAAUGGAGAGCACGCAACAUCAUUCCCCUCGCCGAGCUGGAGAAAAAAGCUAAGGAAGCCAGUCAAAAAACAAAGCAGGGAGGGGAGGCUGGAGUGGAUGAAAGAGAUUGUCUUGUUUUAGAACUUCUUAGUUGGUUUAAAGGCUCUUUCUUCAAGUGGGUGGACAAACCCACUUGUCCAUCCUGUGGUUCGCUGACAUUCCCAGUGGGCGUUGUCCCGCCGACACCUGAGGAGAUGAUUUGGGGAGCUGGAAAUGUGGAAAGUUAUAAAUGUCAAUACUGUGGAAAGAUCACAAGAUUUCCAAGAUACAAUCACCCUGCAAAACUCUUGGAAACUCGCAGUGGAAGGUGCGGUGAGUGGGCCAACUGUUUUACGUUAUGCUGCCGAGCUGCUGGAUUUGAGGCGCGGCAUGUGCUGGAUUGGACAGAUCAUGUGUGGACUGAAGUCUACUCUGAAUCCCAGCAGAGAUGGCUUCACUGCGACUCAUGUGAGAACACGUGUGAUAAACCACUGCUUUACGAAGCUGGCUGGGGGAAGAAGCUGAAUUACAUCAUAGCUUUCUCUUUUGAACAGGUGUUGGAUGUGACGUGGCGUUACUCUGCUAAGCAUGAAGAAGUCAGACAGGCACGAAAUUUGGUCUCUGAAGAGUGGUUACUAGAAAUACUUAACAAAAUGACCGAAGAGCGUCAAAAAAACUUGAGUGAAGAAAGGCGAAAAAUAUUGCUAGAUCGGCAAGUCAAGGAACUGGUUGAGUUCUUCACCAUUAAGUCUGUGCGUAAUGACGAACUUCAAGGAAGAACGUCAGGUUCUUUAGCCUGGAGACUUCUGCGAGGCGAAACGAAACAAGAAAAUGAAUGGCAGCACGAACCUUAUAUUUAUAAACCAACCGACGAAGAAAUUAAAGAGAAGAGAUUACGAAUUUGCUUCAACUGUGUCAUAAACAAGUAUCUUAGAGGCUACGAUAGAAAACUAGAUUUAUCUGGCUGGCAAUCCAGAGUGGCUGGGUACAGCUCUAUUGUCCGUAAAGUUGAGAGGGACUGGAAAAUGGUCUACUUGGCGAGGACGGAAACUGCUUCGACUGGUUCAAUUACGUGGCAGAUAGAUUUGAAUUCUUGCGAUCUAGUGAUUGACAGCGUUACUAUAGUGGCAAGAAGCACCACCUAUCAGACCGGACGGGUGGACUGGAAACUAACUGGAGAUGAAGAGAGUCAAAGUGAGACGCUCUCAGGUGGGCAAGAAUCAACUAUUACGUCUGCUCUCAGUGGCUCCAAGACUCUCAAACUUACAGCUACACUCAGUGGCGGGAAAGGAGACGUUGCCUGGCAACACGCGCAGAUCUUCCGCCAGACGUUUGGCAGCGAGAGUGAAUAUCCACUCGAUAUAUUAGUCUUGUUUCGAGAACCCACGCGCGACACCCACCUCUAGAGUUUUUAAAGAAAAGGCACAAUGCUACAGUGCAACCCUAGUUAAACGAACUCCUUAUCCCGGAUGUAACAAAACUCUGAAUAUUGAAGCCCCGGAUUUAGCGAGCAUCGGGAUAUACGCAUCUCCUAUACAGGGAACUCCUGAUCUAACGAAUCUUCCGGAUAUAGGGAACCUCCACAUGGUAUAAACCUUCGGAUGUUAGCAAUCUUCGGAUAGAGGGAAACUGCGGAGAUAACAGACCUCUGGAUCCAGGGAGCCCCCGAUAUAACGAAUAUAGGGAACUAAUCUGCGGAUAUAACGAGGUUUCGGAUAAAGCGAACAAACGUUGCUAAACUAACCAUUUGUAAAGACAUCGACUGAACCAUUUUCAUUUUAUAACAAACGUCAGAUUAAACGACCUGAAUCUUCCGAACCCAAACGAGUUCGUGAAACCAGGGUUGUACUGUACGUUACCCAAACUAAAGGUUCACAAAUACAUAUGAGUUAAAACCUUAGAUAGAUCUUUCUUUCUAUAGACUUUUUUUCUUAGAACUUUAACUGUUAUGAAUCAUUGAUUCUACCCUUGUCACCGGCAGAGAGUUAUUCUAUCUUAUCCUUACUGUAUCUAGCAGGUGUAAACGAGAGCAGAUUAGUGAAAAUGUAGGGCUUGAACGAAGGAACAAUGAUUUAAAUACUGACUUUGAGAGCUAAUAGAAAGUACGUGUAACAAGUUUAGGUGAUUUUCAAAACAAAUACUUUGAACUAGGUUAAACUCCUAAGAAGCGAACAAAUGAACUGACAAAUGAAUAAUCAAACUGCCUUAAUUUUUAAAGGGUUUUCAAAUUAAACACGGGUCCGUUAACUUUAUGGAGACGAAUUUUUUUCAGCGACGGAAACACUGACUUCCCUUUUGAAGGUCAAAGUUUAGACUGCAGUAAAAAAUACCCAGUAGUAAUUUAGCGCGAAAAUUGUUUAAAAAUUUAAUAGGCUAUGUAUCUGAAUUUUAGAAACAUUACAAAUAGAACUUAAUGAAAUUUUUCUUGGAAAUCGGGGUAAGCUACAACUCGGACGAGGUGGACCAGUUUGGCUUCAGUGCAAAUUUAGUUUUUUCUUAAAGUAGUAUCUAUUGGAAAAGUUCGAGUAGUAUUGAAUUAUGUUAAAUAGUACUGUAGUAGUAAAAUACCAAGACAUAUUUGAAGAGCAAGAGAAAUCAUUAAAAAUGAUUUUAACUCGUGCUUAUUUA